CUUGGUUUUAAAUAUUGUGCCAUUAGUAGAGAAUACUCUAGAGAAUUUUUCAUUUUGUUAUUGUGAUAAAUAGCAGGGUUUACAGUAAAUGGAGACUGUUAUUUGUCAUGUAAACAAAUAAUUAUCUAGUUUGUAUUGCUGCUUGAUCCUUCAGCAUCAGCAGCAAGUUUCUUUUAACUCUGUUCCUGUAGUUGAGYGUGGCUCAGGAAACUGUGGUGUCCUGAACUCAACACAGUAAAGUCACAGUGCGCUAGCUAAGGCUGCUAACUAGCAGGUGCUAGCUCAGGGUGCUGAGAGGCCAGUAGGCCUGGUCCUUGUCAGGAUGCGGCUACUGUCUUUGAAAUCAAGCUUCUGCUAUUUUAGCGCGUUCAGGAGGAGGAGAAGGAAACGCAUUUCUGCAUCACAGGAGGAUGUUGACAAGGCGGUUGCAGCAGCCAAAGCGGCCAUGCAGCUGGACUCUGCUUGGCGGAAGAUGGAGCCCCCCCGCAGGGGGAGGUUGCUACACAAACUGGCGGACCUGGUGGAGAGGGACCGGAAACUGCUGGCGACCUUGGAGACACUGGACACAGGAAAGCCAUUUCUCCAAGCUUUCUUCACUGACCUGGAAGGUAGCAUCAAAACGUUGCAUUACUAUGGAGGCUGGGCUGAUAAGAUUCAUGGCAAAAGUGUGCCUGUGGAUGAAACCUAUCUGUGCUUAACCAGACAUGAACCUAUUGGUAUUUGUGGAGCCAUUAUUCCAUGGAAUUUCCCUCUGCUGAUGCUCAUGUGGAAGUUAGCACCGGCCCUGAGUUGUGGAAACACUGUGGUCAUCAAACCGGCAGAGCAGACCCCACUCACUGCGCUGCACAUUGGAUCACUGAUCAAAGAGGCAGGCUUCCCUCCUGGAGUGGUGAACAUCAUUCCAGGGUUUGGAUCCACAGCUGGAGCAGCGAUUGCCAGCCAUGAAGGCAUUGAUAAAGUGGCCUUCACCGGCUCCACAGAGGUGGGCCAACUGAUCAAAGAGGCUGCAGCCAAAAGUAAUCUGAAGAGAGUCACUUUGGAGCUGGGAGGGAAGAACCCUUGUAUUGUGUUUGCUGACUGUGACUUGCAGAUGGCUGUGGAGGAAAUUCAAAAAGGAGCUUUUUACAACCAAGGCCAGUGCUGCACAGCUGCAUCACGUGUCUUUGUGCAGGACAGGAUUUAUGAGGAGUUUGUGCGCCGUAGCAUAGAAAAUGCAAAGAAGAUUGUCAUAGGAGACCCACUGGACCCCCAGACAACACACGGGCCACAGAUUGACCAACAACAGUUUGAAAAAAUAAUUGGCCUGAUAGAAAGUGGGAAAAAAGAAGGUGCCAAGCUGGAAUACGGAGGAGGAGCUGUGGGAGAAAAAAGUCUCUUUAUUCAUCCCACCAUCUUCUCCGAGGUCAAAGACAGCAUGAGGAUCGCCAAGGAAGAGAUCUUUGGGCCUGUGCUCUGUAUAUUCAGCUUUAAGAGCAAACAGGAAGUCAUAGAGAGGGCCAACAACUCUCAGUAUGGCUUGGUGUCUGCUGUGUUCACAACAAGUAUGGACAGAGCUCUGUCUGUGUCUGGAGCCCUGGAGACUGGAACUGUCUGGAUAAACUGCUAUAACGCCAUGCAUGUCCAGACUCCAUUUGGAGGAUACAAGAUGUCAGGAAAUGGAAGAGAGCUAGGGGAAUAUGCCCUUGCAGAGUACUCUGAGGUAAAAACUGUAACCUUCAAGAUGAAUGAUUCCAUGUGAGCGGAGCUGGGAAGGUCCAUGCCACCCUGCACUGUCCUGAUCCUUAUGUCAUCCAGUUUUAAAACUAUAGAGCAUCCGAAUUUUUGAUUUAGAUUGUUAUAAUUUCCAGGUUGUGAACGCUAGAAGAAAAUAUUUGGGUUAGAAAUUCUAUGCCUUCAGAAAGUAUUCAUCUCUUUUAGCAUUUUUCACAUCUUUAUUUGUAUUUGUAUAAUUUUAUUAACAUAUUAACAUGUUUGUAGACAAUGGCAAAAACGAUUUAUUCACAAUAAGAAUUUUAAAGCUGAAGAUUAAAUAAAGUUAGAAAAGGUGA